AUGAUUAUUUUUUCUCUAAACAUUAGAGGGGGUGGUAAGAGGGUGAAGAGGAAGAGAAUUGGUUUUAAUAUUCAGAGAGGAAGGGUUGAUUUAGCUUUUAUUCAAGAAACCAAGUUGAGGAAUGUCCAACAUCAAUAUGUUAAGGAGUUGUGCGGAGAUGAGUGGGUGGAGUGGUCUCACUUAGAGGCCGAAGGGGCAGCGGGAGGUAUUCUAAUUAUGUGGAAGAAAGAUUUCUUCAAUCUCAUUUACAGUUUUUGCGGAGAGGGUUACUUAGGCGUUUGUGUGGAAAAGGAUAACAAAAGAAUAUACUUCAUCAACAUCUAUGCUUCUUGGGAUCAUAAGGUUAGAAUGAACUCAUGGAGGAAGCUAGUGGAAUUGAAGAGGAGGAGUGUUGUUGGCUCUUGGUGUUUAGGAGGGGAUUUCAAAAUUGUUACAUCUUCGGAGGAGAGAGUUGGUAUUUCGAAGAAGAACUAUAAAAGGGAGAUGGACGAUUUUAAAGAAUUCAUUAAAGAGAUGGAGUUGGUGGAUCCACCCACGAUAGGAGGGAAGUUCACUUGGUGUAAUAAGUGUGGUAGUGCGAUGAGUAGAUUGGAUAGAUUUCUUUUAUCCUCUUCCUUCAUUGAUGAUUGGAAGGCUCUUAAACUCAAAAUUUCUUUAUGGAAUAAGGAGGUGUUUGGAUGGAUUGAUCUUAAUAUAGAGGAGGCGGAGAAAGAGAUGCAUUUUUUAGAUAACAAGUUUGCUCAUUUUGCAGGUAAUGUUCUGGAGGAGGAGGUGGUAAAAAGAUCUAAGGCGGCAACUGUGUUUUGGGACAAUCUUUAUAAAAAAGAAGGUUUUCUUCGCUUAAAGUCGAGACAAUUGUGGCUUGCCGAAGACUUCACUUUCAAUCAUUUCAAGUCUUUUUUCGAGGACUCGGAGGAGGGAAGGCCGAACCUUAGUGGUUUGGAUUUUAAGAAGCUUCAUGUUACGGAGGGGUUGAGUUUAGAGCGUCCGUUUACGGAGUUGGAAAUUAAGGAGGCCAUUUGGUCGUGUGAUGGAAAUAAAAGUGCCGGGCCGGAUGGUUAUUCUUUAGAUUUCUUCAAGAGGUUUUGGGGUGUGAUUCGGGUUGAUGUUUUGAAAAUGUGCAAUGACUUUUAUCUUAAAGGUUCUCUUGUGAAAUCUAUCACCUCUUCUUUCCUUGCUUUGAUCCCAAAAACCAACACUCCUCAAUCUUUAGGCGAGUUUCGUACAAUUUGUUUGGUGGGUAGCAUCUACAAAAUCAUUGCGAAAAUUUUAGCGUCUAGAUUGAAGGAGGUCAUUGGGAAUUUAGUGUCUACCAACCUAGCGGCUUUUGUCCCGGGUAGGAACAUGAUGGAUGGUGUUCUUUUGGUCAAUGAAAUUUUAGAUUGGUCGAGGAGGAAGAAAAGAAGUUGUCUCUUGCUCAAGGUGGACUUUGAAAAGGCGUAUGACUCCGUAUCUUGGCAAUAUCUUAGAGAAACAUUGAUGCAGAUGGGUUUUGGCUCUAGGUGGAUGAGGUGGAUGGAUGCUUGUAUUUUUAACAAUCACAUGUCCGUGUUGGUUAAUGGUAGUGCUACUAAAGAGUUUAAGGUGCAAAAAGGAUUAAGACAAGGAGAUCCAUUGUCCCCCUUUCUCUUUGUUCUUGCCAUGGAAGGCUUGACCGCUUUAGUGAAGAAGUCGGUAGAGGUGGGGAACUUCAAACCUUUUAUGUACAGGGAGAACGAUAGUGUGGACAUUCUCCAAUUCGCGGAUGACACAAUUAUUCUAGGUGAAGUGUCUUGUGAUAAAAUUUGGAAUAUGAAGGUGAUUUUGAGAGGGUUUGAAUUGGUUUCCGGGUUGAGGAUUAAUUUUUCCAAAAGCAACAUUAUAGGAGUGAAUGUUGGAGAGUGGUAUAUGAAUGCCGCCUUGACUUUUCUCUCUUGUAACAAAGGAGUGGCUCCUUUUAGAUUUCUUGGAAUCAUGGUGGGGGAUAAUCCUAGAAGGAAGAAGGUGUGGUUGGAAGUGGUCAAUAAUAUAAAUAGGCGUCUUUCUUCGUGGAAGGGAAGAAACAUUACAAUGGGAGGUAGAGUUACGCUAAUCAAUUCGGUUUUGAAUUCCAUUCCUAUAUUUACACUCUCCUUUUUUAAGAUUCCCGGAAAUAUCGCCAAAGCAAUUAGGAAAAUUCAAAGUGAGUUUUUAUGGAGUGGCAAGCUUGAAAAAAGGAGCAUUCAUUGGGUUAAGUGGGAGGUGGUGUGUAGGCCUAUGGCGAAGGGUGGUUUGGGGGUUAGAGAUGUGAGGUAUUCUUGUCCUAAAAUUAGAAUUCAAGAUUAUGGGGGUGCUUUUCAUAGAAGUGAUGAUUCCAUUUGGUGGAAAGAUAUGUGUAAGAACAAUUUGUUGGAUGACAUUAUAGAUAACGGUUUCUCCGGUUGUUUCAAUUGUUCUUGCAAAAAUGGUAUGGAUGUUCUUUUUUGGCUCAAUAGGUGGUUGGGAGAACAACCACUUUGCAUGGAAUUCCCGGACUUGUAUGAAUUGUCAAAUUGGAAGAAUUGUACGGUGGCGGAGGUGUUAGUGUGGACUAGAGGUUCGUUUAGGUGGGAUUUUGGAGGACUACUCUCAGCCGAUUCUACUCACGGCUAUUCUAACACUACCGCGGCUGCAGCCAGUCCAAACUGGCCUCGGUUUUGUGACCGCAUUCGGGAAUUCACUCCUAGUGAGAACGGUUGUGACACUUUCUCGUGGUCUUUAGACGAGGAUAAGGAUUUCACCGUUGCGAGCAUUACUCACGCGAUAGAUAGUGCCAAAUCUUUUGCAUUGGAUUAUCAUUUGAUUAAUUCUUUGAAAGUGAUAUGGGAGCUUAAACUUCCGCCCAAGAUUAAGGUCUUUGCUCGGAGAUUCUUUAUUGAUCGGCUUCCUACAAGAGAUCAAUUAUUGAAAAGAGUUGUUGCUAAUGUCUCGAGCCCGGAUUGUGUGAUGUGUGGUUCUUUCCUUGAAUCAUCUUCCCAUCUUUUUUUUCAAUUGCCAAGAGGCGAAAACAAUUUGGAAACACGUUUUUAUUUGACUCGGAAUUUCGGAGGAGAUUAA